AUGGCACCACCGUCGCCGUCGCCGUCGCCGCGAGUGUGCGUGACCGGGGGCGGCGGGUACAUCGCUUCAUGGCUCGUCAAGCUGCUCCUCUCCCGGGGCUACGCCGUCCACGCCACCGUCCGCGACCCAUGUGACCAGAAGAACGCGCAUCUGAUGCAGCUGGACGGCGCGGCGGAGAGCCUGAGCUUGUUCAAGGCCGACGUGCUGGACAGCGCCGCGCUGGCGGCCGCCGUCGACGGGUGCGAGGGCGUCUUCCAUGUCGCCUCCCCCGUCCCUGCGGAUAAGAUCGCCGAUCCUGAGUCAGAAGUCAUGGUGCCUGCCGUGAAGGGCACCUUAAAUAUUCUUGAGGUUUGUUCAUCUCUGAAGGUUCAGAAGGUUGUGGUGGUGUCAUCCACUGCUGCUGUUCAUUAUGAUCCCAACUGGCCUCAGGGUAAACCCAAAGACGAGAGUUGCUGGUCGGACAGAAAAGUUUGCCGGGACAAUGAGAUCUGGUAUUGUCUUGCUAAAACUGUUGCUGAAGAGACAGUUUGGGAAUAUGCAGAGAAGAACGAGCUAAAUGCUGUUACAGUAUGCCCUUGUAUUGUUUUGGGGCCACAAUUGCAACGUGUUGUCAAUACUACAAGCGAACUCCUUCUCUAUGUCAUAAAAGGAGGUCCUGAUGUGUUGAAUGACAUGCUGUGGCACAUAGUCGAUGUCCGUGAUGUGGCGGAUGCCCUGCUUCUGGUAUAUGAGAAACCAGAAUCAUCCGGGAGGUAUAUCUGCGCACCGAAUUACAUUAGCGCAAAGGCUAUGCUGGAGUUUCUAAAGAAGAGGUACCCUGACUACAACUAUGUAAAAUGCAAGGCUGAUGUGCAUCAGAACUCUCGUAUCACGCCGAUCGUGUCGGGAAAAUUGAGUGAUCUGGGCUGGAAGCCGAGGGCACUGGAGGAGACGCUUCUGGACAGCAUCGAAUACCACCGGAAGACGGGAAAUCUGCAGGAUGUGGAGGGACAGACCUACCGCCUUCCUGAUAUUUUCCGUCAUUUUCAAGCUGCCAACGAAUGA